UCCGGUAACUAUGGGAUAUAUGUACAUUUCCGUAUCUGACGGUCAACCCGACUGGAUCGCAGAGUUGAGUGGGUGGAAGCAAUUUCAACAUAAUUUUGCCGGGGCGUUUUGUCGUUCAUUUUGGUUACUCAUGGUCUAAGACGUUGCUUUGCAUCAACACACAGCCAUGCCUCUGAAAAAUCCUAUGAAUUUGACUAUCUCUGUCGCCGAACCCAAUCAAGAAUCGGGCGAUCGACAGAACAAUGGCGCUGCCAAUUUAGAGGCUCUUCAACAGAAAUUAAAAGAACUUGACAUAGAUGACCAACAGCGAGAAAGAUUAGAACAGUUCCUCACCCAGAAGCAGAGGGUUGGAGAGCUUGUCGAGGAGGACUUUGAGAAGCUAGGUGAACUCGGUGCCGGGAAUGGGGGUGUGGUCACCAAAGUCCGGCACAAGCCAUCAGGACUUAUCAUGGCUCGUAAAUUGAUUCACUUGGAGAUCAAGCCAGCUGUUAGGAACCAAAUAUUCCGGGAGCUGAAAGUCCUGCACGAAUGUAACUCCCCAUACAUAGUUGGUUUCUACGGUGCAUUCUACAGUGAUGGGGAGAUCAGCAUAUGCAUGGAAUACAUGGAUGGAGGUUCACUAGAUCUGAUACUGAAGAGAGCUGGCAGAAUACCUGAACCAAUACUUGGUGUCAUUAAUGUUGCGGUUUUAAAAGGUUUAAGUUAUUUGCGAGAAAGGCACCAGAUUAUUCACAGAGAUGUGAAACCAUCGAAUAUCCUGGUCAAUUCAAGAGGAGAGAUAAAGAUCUGUGAUUUUGGUGUCAGUGGUCAGUUGAUCGAUUCCAUGGCCAACUCGUUUGUUGGCACACGGUCCUAUAUGGCGCCCGAGCGUCUCCAGGGGACACACUACUCUGUACAGUCGGACAUCUGGAGUCUGGGCCUGUCUCUGGUGGAGAUGGCUAUAGGCAGGUACCCCAUUCCACCUCCGGACCCCCGGGACCUCAACAGUGUGUUUGGGGAUAAUGUCAUGGAUGAACACAUGGAAGCUGCCAAGUCAGGGAAGCCAUUGAGAGGCAGCCGAAAUAGCUAUGUAUGCCCGCCGGGCGCUGACGCUCCCCGACCCAUGGCCAUAUUUGAGCUUUUAGAUUACAUUGUGAAUGAGGCGCCACCAUCGCUGCCUAAAGGAAAGUUCUCUGAUGGGUUUGAUGACUUUGUAGAAAGAUGCCUGAAGAAGUGCCCCUCUGAUAGAGCUGACCUGCAAUCUCUCAUGAAUCACAACUUUGUUAAGAAAUGCGAGAGCAGUGAGGAUAUAAAUAUCGGCCAAUGGGUUUGCAAGGUGAUGAGCAUCAAGGAGGCAAGCUGAGAACAGAAUGACUUCCUUGACUAGUGUGAGCGUGUAGAGUGUGUGUGUGAUUGAGCAUGAAUGGAUGUCUGAAGACUGACUGGCAGAUGAAGAAACAAACAUCAAAAAGGAAGAAAAUGGCCACUUUUGAUUCACAAACAGAUCCAACCUUUUAUUUUGUGUUUGGAGAUUCUAAGUAGUUGUGCUGUGUACACAUUUAUAGCUCAAUUUGUUUUAAUAUUUUAGUACUGAAAUACUAGUGCUAUCUUUUUUAUUGUAAUAGAUUUCCUUUGACAUGUCAUCCUGAUUUGUAUUGCUGUGUGUGGCAUUAAGAUAAUCAACAGCAUAUUGGUCCACACAGAAUAAGAGCAAAAAAACAUUGUCAAAAAAGUGCUAUUUGUGUGUGUAAUUUUGAUCUACAAUGAAAUAAAAAUAUGCUUCUUAUAAAUAAAUGAUAAUGAGUAUGUCACGCUCAAGGAAUGUAUAUAAUCAUUUUUGAUGAUCUUGUAGGUUUAUGAGGUGAAGUUGGCAUUGUAUCACAUGUUGGGUCUUGAAUAUAAGGCCUCAUUUUAGAUGUUAGCAGCCUUAGGAAUUCGUUCUUUUAAACACUAGUCCAGAGGACUAUUGUGAACCUUAUUCACUAUUCCUCAGAGUUAAUAGCUAGUCCUGCUUGAAUGAAAGAAAACGUUUGCUAUUUUUACAGUUAUGUCAGUUUUGUUCAGUUGCAAUUUGUAGCAAAAUUGAAGCAUUGAGAACUGGUUGAGAAUUAUAGAUCUCCAAUGCUACUAGUCAAUGAGGACUAAGAUCCCUGGACUUUAACAUGUCUUCAGCACAAUUUAGUUGUAGGGUCAGGCUACAGACGUGAAUUUCUAAGGCUGCGUCUCAUGUUGUUUCUUAAAUAAAAGUCCACAUUUCAGUUGGAGUUUAGCACAUGUUCUAGGUUCUCAUUGAUACAAGUAAUCUGGAGUGGUCCGUGAGGUAGCAGUGGUCAGCACCAGGGUCAUGGACAAGGGCAUAGAAAGUAGGGCAUCCUCCAUAGACUCAGGCCUGUACUGUAGUACCUGCUGCUCUCGACUUCUAUUUAGAGCUGUGUUCCACUUCAUUGUGUGUCUCUGUGAAUAUAUUACCUCAGAUUCCACAUGUCGCUGUUCGACUGACUACAUUGUGUGUCCCCCUCUGGGGAUGGUUGUCUGAUUCCACAGAUCUUUCUUUAGGGAUAUGUUCGACUACAUUCCCCAAUGGAGAUAUUGUUCCACAAGUCAUUAUGUGGGGCUCUGAUAACAUUGUGUGUCUCUUGUCAGACAUUCAUGGUGCUAUUGUGAAUCUGAAUCCGAAUUGAGACACAUGAUGUUCAUUUACAGAACUGGAGCUUGCAUGGACUUCACUGUCCCCCUCUGCCACUCAGUUGACAUUGUCCAAUUGGGAUGAAUUCAGUAGAAUUACAUUAAAUCACAAGGAUGCAUUGGCUACAAUCCCCUAUAAAAUUACACAUUAUUUUUCUUUGAAUUUUGUUCUCUAAAAAAGUCAGGGUUACUGUUGGCCCAAUCAUAAUCAAAGGUGCAACCAUUUUGCUGUGUAGAGUUGAGUCCCCUUGGCAUGUAAGGAUCCUAUGAUCGGUAGAACAAAUCACAGGUUGUCCCUGAUUAUGAUCCUUGGUUUGUCAGCAUCAUCAGUGCUUGUGGACCUCACCAACGAUCUACAUCACAAAACUGUCCUCCCACAUUAUUCUGACACAGCAUGAUAUGACUAAGGUAUCGCCUUGAUUUUAUGCAUGAGUGACACAGUACAAAUUGACCAUGACCUUCUCCUGCUGUGGACAUGUCCUGCAAGUUGGAAAUAUACCACUAUUGUUUGUCUUUGAAAUGUAACAAUAUUGGACCAUAAUGAAUAUCAUCCCGGCUCCGCAUCAUGUAAUAUUGUAACCAUGAGUAACAUGACAUUAUGGUGUAGUCCCAGAGCACGUAGUACGACAAUCAUGGGUAGCAUGACAUUAUCUGGAAGAUACUUAUUAGUUGUCAGUUCCUUAAUAAAAUCGUUUUAUAUCAACACUUAAUAAUUUCUGUAAAAUUGCAGCUUUCAUUUUACUGACAUUUCAGUAUGCGAUUUGUUGGUUUGCAAGACGGUGAAUAGCCAGAAUCUUUGAAAAACUCAUCUAAAUGGUGUAGUUUCGUGGUGAGUGUAAUGAUUGUAACUUGAAUGUUGUUUUGUCCUGGAGGCUGCCGACUCUGCCAAGAGGAAUGUUGCAAGGAUAUUGUCAGUGUUAGCACUAACAUCAUUUCAUUGUAUAUGUUCAUUGUCUGUUAUCACCCUCUAUCCAAAUUCCAGAAUCUGAUUUACCCAUUCAAAGAUGGAGCGACAAGAUGACAAAAUAUGUAUGAAAUUUGUGCGACUGCUUCAGUUCAUUGAAUGAUGUGGCAGUUGAUGAAAUUAUGCACAAUGUUAUUGCAAGUCGCUCAUUGUUAUUGUGUAUGUUUUGUUAGUGUGUCCUGUAGUUGAUGAAACCAACCGAAAUCUAGCUUGUUCUCCACUACUGGUAUUGCAGACCUGCAUUGCACGCAUGUGGAAUGCCAUGCUAUGGAUGGCCACACAGGUCAUGUGGUAGACCUGCCUACCAUACUGUUGAUGGCCACACAUACCAUACUAUUGAUGCCGAUUAAGCCUGUGAUACGUCUGCUAGAACUUCAGCUAAUCAUGAAGUUCCUACCCCAGAAGUCCAGUCAUUCUGCAAGGCCAUAGUUAACUUUUUAUGACAGGGGGGUCAAAUAUUUGUACAAGUAUCACUUGUCCCCAACUUGAUUCAAAUAAAACUGUUUUCUAUAUACAAAAAUCUAGGGGAGGGGCAACUACCUACCGGCUGGCUACGGCACUGUUCUGUAGUCACUUGCACAAAGCGAUCUUAGUGCUAAGAUCAUCUUAAGCCUAUGUUAAAGUAUGGGAAUUACAAUCAUCUUAGCGCUAAGAUCGCAAGUGCAGUUGGGUCCAGGUCAGAAUUAUACCCUUUUCACGAUACUUUAUUGUUACUACAGUCUUACUCAAAGUAUGAACAUCUCAUAUGAUCAGUCAGUACAGGUGUAGGGUCCAGAUCCCCCCAUCCCAUGCACACUCCCCUCUGACAAAACCAACAGACAGUGCAGGACCCACACCUGUCCUCUUACUAGUCUCUUCACUAACACCACAGGCACAGGUGGGCUCCAUACCUAGGGUUGUCCCCACCACCCACCCCCACACCCACCCAGGAUACACUAACAGGUCAGGACUUCUGCCACCUUUCACAGGACAAACUAACACUACACAUGUACAUAACCAUUUCCUACCAGAUGUUUACUACAUUGCUAGUGAUAUUAUUUAUUCUAGUAGUUUGAAAAUAAUUAUAUACUAUUUACAUAUUUGUAAGUUGUUUUCAUGGAGAAAAGUCCAUCUAUUUUUCUGAAUUUUGAGAUAUUUGAUUAUUAAAUGUUGUAUGUAUAUUUCCAUUUAAGCUGGUGUCCUGCCCCUUGACCUGUGUGUCUGUGUAAGGCAGAUGAUUGAUAUUAUAGCAUAGUCUGCCUUUUAAAUGCAUUUAAUAAAGAUCUAUAUGGAUAUUUCAACUAC